UUUUUUUUUUUGUUUUCAAAAGAUAGAUAUAUAAAAAAAAACAUGGGUAUUAAAAUUAAUUCACCAUUACCUUCCAGUUUAGCUUCUGAAUGUAGGAAAGCUUCACGCAUAUUGAACAGUUUCACAGAUAAUGGCAAAGGUGUGGAUAUUAUGAUUCCUCCUCAUAUACUCUAUCAUGCCAAGGGAUUAGCUAUUUUCACUGUAUUAAAAGCAGGAUUUCUAUUCUCGGGUCGUGCUGGUUCAGGACUUGUAGUUGCAAAAUUAUCAGAUGGCAGUUGGUCUGCUCCCUCUGCUAUUAUGACAGGUGGUAUGGGAUUUGGUGGUCAAGUCGGUGCUGAAUUAACCGAUUUUAUUAUGGUUUUAAAUACAACCUCCGCUGUCAAGACAUUCAUGCACCAUGGCUCCAUUACCCUAGGUGGCAACAUUUCAGUGGCGGCUGGACCUGUGGGUAGAAAUGCAGAAGCUUCGGGUACAGCGUCCUUGAAAAGUGUAGCAGCCGUGUAUUCGUAUAGUAAAACCAGAGGUUUAUUUGCGGGUGUGUCAUUGGAAGGGUCCGUGAUAUUCGAACGUUUUGAUGCCAAUAAGAAAAUGUAUGGUUGUAAAGUGAAGGCCAGAGAUUUAUUAAAUGGUUCGAUUCCACCACCUCCAGCAGCAUCGGAACUCUAUCGAGCGUUAGAGGUAAAGACAACCAUGACAGGAGCUAGAGAUUUCAAUCGAUUCGAUGAGUCACGUAGUAGUCUUUCAACUACGGAUUCACAACCAAGGUCCUUUAGUCGAGCUGCUAUUCAUAGUAUGGCCAAAGGAGGAGGAGGAGGUGGAAUGGGUACGGUUGGUGGUGGUAGUUUAGCUUUGACGUCGCAUGGGUCUGAUUAUGAUCCACCAUGGACCCCAUCAGAGAGCACAGAAAGUUCACUGGUGCUAAGUAGAACAGAAGUCCCUAGAGCACGCGCCUUGUUUAAUUUUACGGGCGAACAGGAAGGAGACCUGGUAUUUCAUAAGGGUGAUAUCAUUACCAUUACUAAAAAGACAGAUACACAAAAUGAUUGGUGGACUGGCAAAUUGAAUGAUCGAGAAGGCAUUUUUCCAGCCAAUUUUGUUCAAAUGGUAGUGUAAAAAAAAAACCCCUUUUAUGAUGUGCAACAUAAUGUUUGUUGUUUACGUGUACAAUCUUCAUCUCCGCUCUCUCUCUCCUCCCCCCCCUUUUCUUCCCCGUCUUAUUUUAAUUG